UCCGGCGGAUGAAAUAUUGUGAAAUUGUGCGUAAUCUGCGUGUUCGAUAACAGAAACUAUUUUCGGUUUCUGUUCAGGAUUCAGCGUAGGUGUACCAAUCUGUGUUUUCAGCGAUCCACGACCGGUAUUAGCUCUGCCUGGUGCACAGCCUUGAGCGGAACCCAACUUCCGCCUUCCCUUUCCACGACAACCAACCGUACGGCGGAACGCAAUGCAAAAAUGUCUGCGGCCACAGCAAAAUCGCGGUUAUCGUCAAUACUCAAGUCACCAAGCCAAGAUACGAAGAAUAUCCCUCGCAACAAGGUGCGCUUCAGCGCACUGUCCAUUGAAACGGCCCUGCAGGAUGUCCUGGAUAACAGCCGGUUGAGCACCUACGAAGAACUGUGUCAAAAGUUAAGGGAAGAAGACUUCGACGAUGACCAGUUUCUAGAGACGUUCAUUGAGGCGAAACAGAGCGUUCCGCUGAUGAAUGUGCACUUUACCAUGUUGGUCGAGUUGUUGUUAUCCAUGCCCUGGCUGGACCGGGGCGAAACGUGUAUCGAGGCAUACAAAAAUUUCGUGAUCGAGCUAUCGAUCGUCCACAAGAACUUUUGUCCGAUGACGAUCACAAAGCUGGUGCAGAUGUUUAUCCCGACGGUGGCCGCUAAAGACCAGUGGAAGCACGGCGUGCCCAGUGAAGCGUUGCAGAAGAAGUUGGCCGAAGUGCACGAUCUAGUCAUGAGACUGAUGAAUGUGAUUCCGAUGAUCUUCGACGUGGUGCUGACUCAGUUACGUAAGACCUUUCCGUACCACAAGAAGCCGGCUUACGAAGUGACCGGCUACCUUUUUAACGUGCUGAAGGUGACGCAGUACGCGUCAAUCUACUGUGAUGAGGUGCUCGAUAUAGUCUUUCACCAACUGCUUCUGCUGGAUGUGAAUGUUCCUCGCAGCGAGAUCGAAGCCGCGGAGGAACCGGAUGAGGAGAUGCUGUUUGAAAUGGAUGCAAAUGGCGCUGACGAAGAAGAACAGUGCACCACGAUGAAGCAUCCGCUGGCGGAAACGUUGGACUGUUUCAUGGGCCUCAUGUUUGACUAUAUCGAACAGAGUGUGAAGAGCGAAGGGCAAGGCGACCGGUUGUUCAAGAUGAUGCUGAAACAGUUCGAAACGCACGUUCUUCCCACACACAACACGGACCACGUCCAGUUCCUGCUGUUCUACUUCAGCAGCUUCAAGAUGGCCUACGGCGAGCAUUUUAUUAGCUCGCUGUGGAAAAACGUUAGCAAUCCUACCAUUUCGCCGACGGUCCGCCAAUCCUCGGUUGGGUACAUCGCAAGCUUACUGGCCAGGGCCAACUUUAUCCCCUUAAGUCACUUAAAGUCCAUGCUGCAGGAGAUGUCCCAGUGGGUGCACAGUUACAUUCAACGCAGCGACUCUAUGAACUACAAUCAAUCUAUCAAAGCGCAUCUGGUGUUCUACUCGGUGUGCCAGGCCAUUUUCUAUAUGGUCGCGUUCCGCAGCAAACAUCUGACGGCAAGCGCCAAAAAUUUAGCAUUUCUACAAUCGCUCCAGCUAUCGUCGAUCGUGACGUGCCCCUUGAACCCACUGCGCGUUUGUCUGCCGACUGUCGCGACCGCGUUCGCUGGCGUAACGCGAGCCUACCAACUAGCUUACUGUCACACCAUCCUUGAGCGGAAUGCCCGGCGCAAAUUGGCCACCGUGUACAAAAACAGUUCCCAGCUACCGGAAGACUGUUUGGACACGUUCUUUCCUUUCGAUCCGUACAUGCUAAUAAAGUCCGGCCAGCGAAUCGAGCCCUUUUACCUACAGUAUCAGGCGCACGAGAUGGACGAGGAGCCGGGGGAAUCGAUGGCCGGCGGCGUCGCAGGGAACGGUCGCAAGCGCUACGAAUCGCUCUCGGAAGAUGUCGACGAUUUCAUCCCCGAAAGCAAGCGGCACAAACAUCAGCCUGUGGACGGCGAGUUUACGUACUCCUACGGGGUUUCGCCUGGAUUUCAAAGCUAAGAAAUGGCCGGUCUCGGACGAGGUUUUCUCCGAGCAACAUGCAAAUCGCAGUUUUUGUGCAAACACCUCAAUAAAAUAUAAGCAUAUAUUUUACUCAAUUAACCCGCCUCUCCGUUAGUAAAUUACAGUCAAGUAGCAACUAUUCUGCAUUUAGAA